ACAGCUGCGCACAACCACCCACUUCACCCCAAACGUGGAGUUCACACCCACUCACUUCCUUCUCAAGACAGGGCAACCCUCAUGGACCCACCCAAAGGUUGAGUGGCCUUCCAGGGCCAUCCCCAUCGCCCACCACCGGGCACCAUGUUCUAGGAACUGUCCCCCCCCAGCCCCCACGGCAGUCCCGGCCCCUCUUUUUGAGAGCACCCAAUGGGCGGAGCCGGGGCCGCGGUGGGCGGGGCCUCAGGCGGGCCCAUUUAAAGAAAGGCGGAGGGCGAAGGGAGGCAAGAGAAGAAAGAGAAGCCAGGGGAGGGGGCGGGCGCCGUCCAAUGACAAAGCCCCGGGGUGGGCGCCCGCCGCCGCCGCCAUCUUGAACCGGGCGGCAGGACCUCCAGCGCGUCCUCCGCCCCGAGGGGGAGGGGCGGCGAGGCGAGCGAAGUAGCGAGCGGCGCCGGGCAGAAGGCGCCGGCAGCAGCAGGCGGGCGGCGCCGCGGAGCGGGGCGCGGGCGGGACGCGGCGGGCGGCCCCCGAGCGGCCUCCGAUGCGACGCGGCGCGAAGAGGCGGCGGCGCCGGCCCCGGGCCGCCUGGGGCGGCGGCGGCGACUGCGGAGGGGAAGGAGGGGCCGGGCUGGAGGCGCCGGAGGAGAAGGUGGUGUACUCGCGGUCGCAACUGUCGCUGGCCGGCAGCACCGAGGCGCUGGGCGACGCCUUCAAGCUCUUCAUGCCCAGCAGCACGGAGUUCAUGAGCUCGGAAGCGGAGCUCUGGAACUUCCUCUGCAGCCUCAAGCACCAGUUCUCCCCGCACAUCCUGCGCAGCAAGGACGUCUACGGCUACUCCUCGUGCCGGGCGCUGGUGCCCGACCUCCCGGCGCCCGCCGGCCGCCCCGCGCGCCGGCCGCGCCCGCGCGCCACGGCCAGGAGGAGGCGCCGCGGAGCCCCGGCCGCCGCGGGGCCCCGCCGGCCGCGCCCCGCCGCCGCCCCCGCCGCCCCCGCCGCCGCCGAGCCCGGGGCGCCCGCGUCCCGCUUCGGGGGCCGCACCCUGGAGGAGAUCUGGAGGGCGGCCACCCCGACGCUGACCAGCUUCCCGACCAUCCGCGUCGGCGACGACGUGUGGGGCGAGCGCAGCCUGGCGGUGGCGCGGCGCAGGGCGAGCCAAGUGCUGCGAGUGGACCUGGACCCCGUGGUGAGGCUGCGCCGCUUCCCCGUGCCCCGGGCGUGACGCGCGCGGCGGCGCCUCCUGCGGGCCGCCCCCGAGGACGCUUCCGCGCCCCGGAACGGACAGAUGUCAGUCGAAUGUUUACAGAACCGGCCCCCUUUGGUGCACUUUACGCGCGAACGAGGCCCCCACCCCCGGCGCAGC